AUGUGAGCUAUCUAUCAUCAUCUGUUCCUCUAAGUGUGUCAAGAUGUGACAUCAGUGUUCCUCUAACUAUCAGUAUCAGUAGUGUGACAAGAUCAGUAUCAGUAGACAUCUGUUCCUCUCAAGAUGUGAGCUAUCAGUAUGUGUCAUCAAGAUGUGAGCUAUCAGUAUCAAGAUGUGAGCUAUCAGUAUCAGUAGACAUCUGUUCCUCUAAGUGUGUCAUCAAGAUGUGA